CAGAGAAGUGGGAAAAUAAGGCAGGUGGGAUCCUGGUGCCACUACUCCAUCUACGUACACGGACGAACUACGUACGGACGUACGUAGUCCUCGGGUUCCAAGGAUGGAAAGGGGACUAGGCUGCUCGCUCAGCUAGGGAUGGACGGACGGACGGACGGACGGACGGACGAACGAAAGAAAGAACGGACGGACGGACGGACGGACGGACGGACGGACGGUUGGGUAGUUGGUUGGGUGGUUGCUGGGUCGCCUCAGGAGAGAGGAGAACUCCCAAAAUUUUGGGGGCCCACUUGGCCGAAAGUAAGCGUUGGGGCAACAACAUCAUCAUUAUCAUCAUCAUUAUUGUUGUUAUUAUUAUAAUUAUCAUCAUCGUUAUUAGUGUAGUAGUGAGUUCCACGCUGGAGACAAGUUCCACCCACAAAAACACUCUCAAGCCUGCGUCAAACUUCGUCUGCCUUCACUUAAGCAUCAACGACAUCAUCAGCAACAAACAACAGCAACAUAUCGUGAGAAUCGGACACUUUUCCACCCAGGCAAAAUCAUAUCACGCUCUUAAUCGAAAAAAGCAACAAGUCUAGCUUUGAACAAACUUCUAUUUUGUACCAUUUUUUAAGGCAACCACAAACAAGCAAACGUAUCUGUGUUCUCAUAACUCCUCAGUGUUACUGUCGUUAUUACUCUCAUACCAUCACAUCCAACCAUCACCACCCGCAUGUGAACGUAAAACUCUGUGUCUACUACUACUGCUACUGCUUUUACUACUACCAAAACUACCACCCGUCCCAACGUAAAAAGAAAAAGAAAUAUUCAAUAUCUAGGCCAAGUCAAAACAAGCCAGACAAAACAAGCAAAUCUGCAUCCAUCUAACUCUUCACCAGAUCAGGCUUGAGUUUAGAAUUGGCGCUCGAUCCCCAAGCCCAAAGCCGUUGAUCAAAGAUUACUUGUUCUUCAUCCACCUUAUUGAAGCAGCUACCAGAAGCGAAAAAAAGAUCGGAGCAAACAAAGCUUAUUGAAUUUCAACUUUGGCCGUGUUCACUCACUCUCUCAUUGUCCCUCUCUUUCUCUCUCUCUCUCUCUCUCUCCUCCAAUCACCAACUCACUAACUCUCUCUCUCUCUCUCUCUCUCACUCAUUCCUGUCCUCCUUAUUCCUCUCUAUCCUCCAUCCUGUUGCUUGUGCUUGAGUGUCUCUAUCAUUGGUGUGCUUGUGUGUCCAACUUGUAUCAACCCCCUUGGAUAUCCGGCGGCGGUCUGCUCCCUUGGUCGCGCUGCUCCAUCCAUCGGACGAGUCUCAUCGGUCGGUGUCACUCGCCAUGGCCUGGAAAAAUCCUUGCGUUGUUCCUUCACCGCAAACGCGUCGCCAAGAUAAAAAGUCACCCAGGCUAUAACAAGUUUGUUGACUUCCCUUGUGCACAAUCUCCCUGUUUCGUGGCCCAGGACAGGUCCAUCAUCAUUGUCGCAAUCAAAGCACCGUGUUCUGUGUGUGCAUCUACCUACAAUCAGUAACGACUGAGGCCUUCUUCUUCUUCUUCGUCCGCCGUGUGUCGUAGUACAUUGACUGCAUGGUGUUGGUGUUGGUGGUGGUGUUGGUGGACAACAAGGAGGACGGGGAGGACGAGGAGAAGGAGGAGGAGGAGGUGCCCUCCAUGUUGUUGUCACUACACUGUUUGCCUGUGGCUGCUGUCUUCUUAGCCCAUUAUCUGGAGCAAACAAAAACGUGAUUUUGCCUCGAAAUCAAUACCGACUACUCCAAUCCCAAUAGAGAGAGCCAGUAUCAUCGGCAUUUUUGAUUCGACCCCGUUUGGGAGGAGCCAGUGCCACACGCAACGUAUCACCCAAAAUGUCCGAGAGCAGUCCCAAAAGUGACGACGUCCUCUCGGUCUCAUCCCCGUCGCCGAGUCCCACGCCUGACGAGGAGCCCAACGAGGGCUCGACCAACCUAACCAAUGGUUUGGGUCGGGUGGAUGUGCCCAUGUCUGAGGUAUCUCCGUCGCCCACGCCCACCCCGCCUCCGUCACAGAUGCACGGUCAAAGCCCGUCUGCUCCGCCCACGAAUUCGCUAACCAAUCUGAGCAUGGCUGCGGCCAAGCAACUCAUGCUGGAGCAGUACACCCCUUGGGUGAUGAGCACCUACGGAGACACGGCCAAGACCAAGACGAUCGUGGCCCGGAAAUAUGCCCGCAUCGUGGCCCUGCUCAAGUCAAUGGAACGUGAUUCGGCGGGUGGAGCCCCCGGGUCGGAACAAACGGGUAGUGAAGCGGCCAAGUUCCGCUUGUGGGUGAAGAGCAAAGGCUUCCAUCUGGGUGCUCCAGCUGGUCACCCUGACAGUGAGAAACAAGAGAGCAAAGACAUGCUCUAUCUACCGACUGGGACGGACAAGACCGUGGAUGGAUCCGUUCACUUUGUGUACAAGAAAGUGGCCAUGGUUGAGCAGUUCUUCGACAUCAUUUACUCGGUUCAUGUCGAGGCUGCCGCGAAUCAAGCCGCUCAGGCGGCUCAGGCAGCCUCUGAAGGGACGACGCCCCCUUCCAUGAGAGGUCGGGCGGGUAAACAUUGCGGACAGAAGCGAACAUAUCGAGCAGUGGCUGACCAAUAUGCAUUCAUCCCAAGAGAGGCCAUUUCGAAAUUCCUGUUAUUCUGCAUUGACUGCCAGAGGAAAAACUCCAUGGAACAUCGGAGAACCAACAACAAUGGCAAUGUGAAUAACGCCAAUAACCGAAACGAUGAGAAUUCCAGUCCAAUCACGUCCAUUGGUACGCCCACUCCCAAUGACUACCGGCCUCUCUCGCCUCCGCCAAGCCUGGUCAUUGAACAAUUCAGACAACACACCUCCCCUGGGCUGCAAGGAAGCGUCCCCCUCAUGUCCACACCUCAUCUUAGUCCUCCUUCCACGCCCAAGUCUUCGUCAUCCUCACCGGCCACGUCCUCAGCCCUGACGGCAGCCGCGCUUUCGCACGCCAUGGCAGCCAUUCAGAAUCACCCUUUGAGGUCCUUGCACAUGCGAAACACGCUUCUGGCCUCCACGCCAUUUGUUCCCACUCAAGCUCUACUGACCGCCCAAGGAGGGAAUCCCGCCCCUUAUUUUGGCCCUAACUCUGCCGGCCUCCUGAAUCCCACUACUGGCCUCAGCAAAUUCAAUCCUGGAGACAUUGAUCUCAGCCUCCCGAUCACAUCCACCUAUUUGCGUCGAAUGAGGGCUUUUGAUCAGCUCUAUCGCCAAUUCAAUGGAGGACAGGCUUCCAAUGAGAAGGACGAUAGUGGGUCAAACGACCCCGAUGGCAUGGACAAUGCCAAAAUAGAGGUCGAUGGGAGUGAGAACGGAGGUUCGAACCCUUCUCAAAAUGGAUCUUGGACCACCAAUGGCUCAAUGCUUGCUUCAGAAGCGUUGAAAAAUGGCACAUCUCAGCUCAGUGCCCUCCUCACUCAAGGACAAAACGGUCAUGGUGGACACGGAGCUCAAAGCCCAAAUACUGGAGAUCAUAAUCCUCAGAGUGGCCAAAUCAGCAGUAACCAGAGCGAUGGAUCGUCACAUAUUCACGAUGAUAACUCUUCAGUUGGUGCGAAAGACGAUGAUGACGAUGACGACGACGAUGAUUGCAGCGAUGACAAGCUGGAGGUGGGAGAUCCAGAGAAGCUAAAGUCCUUCAACAUGUUUGUUCGCUUAUUUGUGGAUGAAAAUCUAGACAGGCAUGUGCCAAUAUCCCGACAGCCCAAGGAAAAAAUCCAAGCCAUCAUUGACUCAUGCACCCGACAGUUCCCGGAGCACGCCAACCGUGCGAGAAAGAGAAUUCGAACGUAUCUGAAGUCUUGCCGUCGAACGAAGAGAACUCGCGAGCAAGCAGGGCUGGAUUCUCCCAACACCCGUCCCACGCCUCCUCAUUUGACAAGUGCUCAAGCCGAACAACUGUUGGCCCGAGCUUGUGAAAACGAGGCUGAGAAUGCCAAGCGAAUGCGGAUGGGUCUUGAGCCCGUGUCCCAGCCCAUGCCUAUCUUGACCUCUGCCCCGACCAUUGAUGUCCUCUCUUGUACUUCAAGCACGGGGAUGGUCUCCUCCGCCGGUGCCACUCUCUUCACGGCCGCCAAUGGGGAGAAGCAGCUGAAGACCGAGUACAAAUCCGAACAAUUGGCCAGCCUCCUCGCCGCUCAACCCAUGCCCAUGGUCUCCACCGACAAGCCGGCCUUUCUCAAUGGAGGCCUAACCAACACGAGCAUGGCCAUGUACCGACAAGUUCCAUUUCCUCAGGUGGUCUCGUCGACAGGUGCCACCAUGACUUUCCCGGGAACCCAAGCACUUUUACAACAAAGCCAGGCUCUGCAAACGGCGGGACUAACCAAUGGAACAUCUCUUGAAGGGCUGAAGAAGCCUCCAUUGUUGAACCACAAGCUGAAUGUCACUGAAAUUGGCGCUGUUCGUCAAUUGAUCACCGGAUACCGCGAAUCGGCCGCUUUCCUCCUGAGAUCCGCCGAUGAAUUAGAGAAUCUUCUUACCAUUCAACCAAAGCUGUAAUUUCAGACGAUUGAACUUCUUCCUCAACAUCCAACAACACCAACUACUACUACUACUACUACUACUUCUACAACAACAACAACAAAUACUACUACUACUACUACUACUAAUCUCGCAUCUCUGUAAACUAGAUGUACACUCUAUGUAAUUCUUCCCUCCCUUUACUCCACACAAAGUAUCAAUAUGUCUACCUCGCAACUGUCCUCCAGUCAAUUUGUACUGUAAUCAUGAACAAAUUCACUUUCAUUCCAUACGAAAACCGACUUGAUCUCAUCCACCAUUUGAUAGGACAUUGUUCUUUUCUCUAUCUAUCUUUCUAUACCAAAGCAACAUCACUCUCUCCCUCUUUCACUCUGAACCCAGAGUCAUGAUGUGCCAUUCCUAGUGAAAAACAAACCAUCCUCCCCUCUCCAGCAUUUGGAUCUAUCCCGUCUCUUGGGGGCCUGUCCAAUCACUAGUCGCCAAGCAUCUCGCUCUCAGUGUCAUCUCCAGAAUGUAUGUGCCAAAAUGUAGCAACCCGAGUUGUCAUUCGUGUUUCUUAAAUAUGAAAUCAACUCUCGUCAAUAGAAAGAUGUCUUCUAGAAUCAAUUUUCUACCCCAUAUCCGACUUCAUCUCGCCCCUCUACUUACCCCAAAGCGAGAAAACAUCCUCAUAAAUGUCUGGAGAUCGUUUUCUUUCUUCACCUUUUUCUCUUUUAUUCUCUUUCGAGUCUUUUGAAUGUAUUUUUGCUAUCGAUCAACAAGCAACAACACCGAACAAGCCGCGUGGUGACGUUUGGAGCCAAAUAGACCCGCAAAAUCAAAAUGCCAACAAGAAAUGAUUGUGACACCUGAAAAUUUCCCCCCUUCGGACCCUCUUAACCCGUCUCUGUUUUUCGUAUUGUAAUUCAUGUGUGCCAAACAAAGCUACGAGUAUUCCAUCUUCCCCGCUCUCCCCUCUCAUUUUCCAUCCACUUGACACGCCCCCUGAACUAUCAACUAAUAAGGUGAAAUCGACCCCUUUGAGCUUGACUAAAAUUCAAUAAAGGGCUUUUAUUUUCUUGACCAAGCUGUUCCUGAUUUCCCGGAUACUCUUCCAUUUUCUAAGAUUCAAUGUCGUACCAUGCACUGAACAAAGACAAAAGUAUUUUCACCAAUACUUAAGGUUGCAUUCCACUUACAAUCACCAAUUCAUUAUUAGUAUCAUUCUUAUCAUUAUUUUCAUGAUUAUUAUUAUUACUACUUAGCUGUGAUGUCUACAAUUUAUAUGAUCGUAAACCAUUGUACUGCUAUUAUGUACCAACCAAUCAAGGUGUGUCGCCAUGCAUUUCUCAGUGUGGUGUAAAAAAAACUCCAAAAAUGUGAACAAAAGGUGUCUCAACACAAACUUACUAUUUUACCCAAUUCUUACCACUCCGCCACACCAUUUCAAAAAUCUAUUCAAUGUCUGCCAUGUGUCUAUUAACAUGCUCUACUUGUCCAAGUCAAUGAAUAAAUGUGAAAUUGUAUCACUGUA